CAGUGGAGGAGGAGGCGGAAAAGGAGGAGAGCGAGGAGAAGAAAAGGGAGGAAAAGAAGGGGAAGGAGGACGAGAAGAAGAGGGAAAGAGAGGUUUCGUGGGUGCUGGAGGAGACCGAAGGACAAGACAAUAAGAAAAGAGGCACACCUAGCAACGAUAUGCAAAGAGCAACAUCUGGAACCUUGGGGGCUAAGGUGGAAAUGAUUUCUAUGAGGCCGACUUGUAGGCCACAAGAGGGGAAUCGGCACUCCCAGGAUGUACCACCAUGCAUGGAGGCAACUGCCCUAGUGUGUCCCAGGAAGAACUCCCCUGGCUUUUGCUGCCGCAGCUCUCACAAGUCUAAUGGAGACAACUCUACUGGUGCCCCAGGGAGCCCCGAUAUUCCUGGGCCUGUACAAAAAACGCUUGGCAAGAGAAAAGCACCCAAGUUGGAAUUUCUGUUGCCACCCUCAGGGCCGCUGCCACACCCAGCACUGCUACAGCAACUGUGGGAUCAAGGUGACCUCCCCCCACCUCCCAAGAUUCCACGUAUUGACACAGAGAAAGCAUCACACAUCACAGAGAACAUGAAGGGUCAAACCAUCCAGAUCUCAGAUGAAGUGGAUGCCUUACAGCCUAUGAACCAGAUGGCGCCAGUCCACCCUGCCCCUCAGCCUGCCCUGUCCGGGCCCCCACCUGCUUCAGGACCUGCAGGUUUUCUGUCCCUGUCCACUGAUGGGGUUUCCAGUCCUGGUCCUCCUGCCUCCACUCCCUUAUUAUGCCAGGCUGCUGGGCCCCUGAACCCACCUGUCCAUUCACCUUCCCUCAUACAAAAUGCACCCACGAUCCCCAUUUCUCCUUCAGCUCUCCCUUCUGACCCUCUUCCUCCCUGUAGGCCCAGGCCCAGUGUGGAGACCCCACCAGAUGCAAAGAGAGACACGGUCGAUUUGGCCACAGUUUUGGGUUCUACCACUUCUUACCCUCCCAGGUCUGGUGCUGAACCUUUGUCUUUCAGUUCACCUUCCUGCAGAAUGGAGUCCCCAGUUCCAAUGUGUAUAACUGACUCCCCUUCUCCCCCCUUCCCUGCUACCUCUUUAGCCCCUUCCCUCAGGAAUCCUCCCACAGUCCUUUCUACCACAACCUCCCGUGUCUGUGAGGACAUGAGCUGGGAGCUGUCUUUAGAGCCUGCAGUGGUGGACAUGGAUACCACACCCCCUUCUGAGGCAGCUGCCCUGAGCUCGCCCACAGUCAGCAGGGGUAGCUCUUUGCCAUUUGCUCCUAGCCAUGGCUCUAUGCAGCAGAGGUUGACUGCAAAUGCCACAGUGUCCUCUGACCCACUUGUACUCAGUGUCCCCUGCUACACUCACAUUGGGAGCAAUCUGUACACUCCUGGGCCUACCAAUGGGUGGGAGCAGGGAGUGCCUCCCUCUGGGGAUCUUGCUGUUUUGAUUCAACAUGGGCUGGUCCCAGCUCCUUCUCGAACGGUAGCAAUAACCCCUCCUCAUCCUGCUGAGGACGUUGAAUUUAUGGAUACCACCCCUCCUUCUAAAGCUGCCGUCUUGCCCUCCUCUACUGCUGCCGACCAUGUCUCCAACAGUUGUCCUCCCCAAAGAGUUUGGGGGCCUGCUAUAGCUUACAACCACACUGGAGGUAUCCCUCAGUCCACCUAUGCAAUGCUAAAUGGGCCUCAAUCUGAUGGCUGUGUCUCUAUGAGGAAUCCUUCCACUUCAAUAGCAGCAACUGACCUAACCUCCCUAGCUGGCCAGCCUGCUGGUGGUAGCACAACUGAAGGACAAUAUGCAAGCUCCAAGCCACCUGCUAAUCGCGGCAGGCCUAAUGGCGCUGGGCAGCCCAACGGGACGCCUCUAUGUGUUUCCUACACUGCCACGCCCACUUUAAGAAUGGGUUCGGGGGACUGUAGCUCAUCACCCAUCAAUGUCGCUCGCAGCACAUCAGGACUGGUGAGACCUGUGGUGUCCCUGAGUGGAGAGAACUGUCAGCGUGGCAAGCCCACGCAAGAAUACGUGCCCACGCAAGGAUACGUGCCCACGCAAGGAUACGUGCCCACGCAACAGACAUCAACACAGACCCCCAACUACAUCAAGACCAAUGAUCCAGACAUUGCCAGCAGUAGUAGCUUGGUACCAGUUACCACCGUGGUCCCAGGUGACAGUGCAGGCCUCUCGGAUCCAAAUGGGACCCAUGGUAACGUGGUCCUGAACUGCAACAUGGCCCUAGACAGUGAUCUGGAUCCUAAGCAGUCGCAUAGCUUUUGA